CUCUCUCUCUCUCUCUCUCUCUGGAGCAAACGUGCGCGCAGAAGAACAGAGCACGGCAGGGAAAAAAAGGAGGAGGGGAGAACAGAGACGGCAAAACAGCAGAGACAAAGAAGAACAAGAGGGUAAGUGAAGAGUCCAAGGAGAGUAAAAAAGUGUAGUGAAAGGAAGAAGAAACUUGAGAUAUUAAAGCAGGAAAAAAUAGAAAAUUAGGGGGAACCACUGAGGUUCAGUGAGAGAGGAUCAGUACCAAAAAAGGAGGAAGAUCAGGUGGAUAAAGAACAGCAGUGGAGAUCAGCCAAAGUAUAGAUGACAAAGGAUCAGCUUGAAUCAGUUCAUGAUCAGAGCAGCAUUUGGAGGAGACGGAAGGGGAGUAGGAAUCCAGGUGCAAGACUACAGGCAGCCAAAUCAAACAGAGAGACAGAGGGAGAGAGACUGUUUUGACUGUCAGCUCAGUGAAGGGCAGAUUUGAGGAGUAGACUCCGUGCUGCGAUAGGAAGGACAAAUCAGUCACCACGGAGCGGCCGGCAGGAGAGAGCGUGCUGCCAGGGGUGUCUGCCAACCUCCCCGCAGAUGCCACCCUGGCUGCCCAGAUGCCCAUAGAGUUCGUCUGCAAGAUCAAGUUCACCGAGGGGGACGUCAUGGCCCAGAGAGUGCCCGUGCCCAUGACUGUGCCAGGCGGAGGCGUGCCCGUGCCCACCAAGGAGACCUGCGCCCGCUCGGCCGCCGUGGCGAGCCUCCCAACCUUCGCCGGCGCGUCCUCGCUCCACGGCAUCGACCACGUGUUUGUGUCGGGACGGCUCGGUGUGCGCCAGGUGGUGUGGGCGCUGGCCUUCGUGGCAUCGCUGGCCCUCUUUCUGUACCAGGCGGCCAAAAGCGCCGUGGCGUACCUGGAGCACCCGCACGUGGCGGCCAUGGGCGAGGAGGCCGGCGGGCGCGACAUGCUCUUCCCCGCCGUCACGCUCUGCAACGUCAACCGUUUCCGUUUCUCGGCGCUCACCGACGCCGACAUCUACCACCUGGCCAACCUCACAGGCCUGCCGCCCAAGAACCGUGCCGGGCACCGGCCCGGAGACCUGGAGUACCCGGCACCGGACAUGCUGGACAUCUUCAACCGGACCGGCCACCAACUGGAGCACAUGCUCAAGAGCUGCAACUUCAGUGGACAGAACUGCACAGCCAAGGACUUCAACGUGGUGUACACACGCUAUGGGAAAUGCUACACCUUCAACGGCAACAAAACGGCACCGAAACGAGCGAGGCAGGGUGGUAUGGGCAACGGACUCGAGAUGAUGCUAGACAUAGAACAGGAUGAAUACCUGCCUAUCUGGAGGGAGACAAAUGAGACCUCUUUAGAGGCAGGAAUCAGGGUGCAGAUCCACAGUCAGGAUGAACCCCCUUACAUCCACCAGCUGGGCUUCGGAGUCUCCCCAGGCUUCCAGACGUUUGUGUCCUGCCAGGAACAGAGGCUGACCUACCUGCCCCAGCCGUGGGGUAACUGCCGGGCGUCCUCCGAGCAGGUGAUGCCGGGCUAUGACACCUACAGCAUCAGUGCCUGCCGCCUCAGCUGUGAGAGUGCCCAGGUGAUGGCAGAGUGCAACUGCAGGAUGGUGCAUAUGCCAGGGGAAGCUGCCAUCUGCCCUCCCAGCAAAGUGAAGUGUGUGGACAAAGCUCUGGCCUCCCUACAGAAGAAUGAGGGAGACAUAUGUCCCUGUGAGACGCCUUGCAAUGUCACGCGUUAUGGGAAGGAGCUCUCCAUGGUCAAAAUCCCCAGUCGGGGGUCUGCACGAUACUUGUCCCGCAAAUACGACAAGACUGAGGAGUAUAUCAAAGAUAACUUCCUGGUGUUGGACAUCUUCUUUGAGGCUCUGAAUUAUGAAAAGAUCGAGCAGAAGAAAGCCUACGAUGUGGCCGGAUUGUUAGGUGACAUCGGCGGACAGAUGGGUCUCUUCAUCGGAGCGAGCAUUCUCACUAUUUUAGAGAUUAUUGAAUAUAUCUAUGAGGUGAUCAAGUACAAACUAAAGAGACUCUUCAGACCACGCAAGUCCCAGCGGAACCAGAACCAAAACCAGAUCCCGUGCUUGCAGAACCACACAGAGCAGAACUUGCGGACCCAGCUCACAGAUGGCACCAUAGCAACGGUCAGGCUAGAGGACGUCAAGGCCAAGGAAGCGAGUGAAAUUACUCUAGCUCACCAGCAGGGGGUGUACCCAAACUCAGCUCUACCCAACCACCACCACCACCUCCUCCACCACCAGCAGACUCAGCAGGACUACACCUAUUAGCAUCACGCCCACCAUCCACCCGUCUGGUUCUGCCACCCUGUGUGUGUGUGUGUGUGUGUGUGUGUGUGUGUGUGUGUGUGUGUGUGUGUGUGUGUGUGUGUCUUUUGCCUUCUCUCCUGGUGGACUUCACUGACUUCAUGGGCCUAUCUAGACACCUGGUGUUUUACAGUCUCUUGGUGUCGUGAGCAGAACCCCCCCCCCCCAACACCUCUGCUAUCUGCUCUUGCAAAUGGAUCCUUCAGAGGAGAGAUGGCAGAGAGUUCCAGCACAAGUGACUACUUCAGAAGAGCCUAUUCACGUGGACUCUGUGUUAUAUACUUACACACUGUAUAAAACGUACAUGCUUUAUGUCCUUUUCAUUUUGACGUCACACACACACACACACACAUUCACACUUAUCAAUCUUUCUCUUUCAUGGACACGUGGCCUGUGUAAUCUAAACAACAGCAACAACAACAACAACAACAAAACAAACAAAAAAAACUGCAAAAGCAGCAGCAACGAAUCGCUGCCUCCCUUUGAACUGACAAAUUCAAAUUCGAGUAUCAACUAUUUGUCACCCUGCAAAAAUGUGUUAUUUUGUUGUAAAUAGAAAUGUUAGCACACCUUUUACUAUAAAAUAUGGGGGGAUUGUGAAACUGCUUUUUCAGUAAAUAUUGUGCUCACUAGUCAUCAUGUUUGUGGUAAACCAGAGCCACGUUAAAUCAGGCAGUUACAGCACUUUUUAGCACCAAAUAACGGUGGGAGGCAGAUGUGUCCAGUUCAAUUAGAGGGUCUAUUAUGAAGCCAUGCUUUCACCUUGUCAUUGUCAACUUAUAUUAUUAUUUUUUUCUUUUAAUAUAUACCUGUUAUGUUAAAAUCAUCUAUGUGGUCUUAAUGUCACUCAUUAUAAUAGGCCGUGUCUUCUGUGAAAAAGAUCGUGCUUUAUCCAAAUGGUUGGUAACAAUUGGUGACAAUUUAGAGGCAAGUGAUUUUGUUACAGUGCAUUUUAAUCCCUAAUUUAUCCAGACCUAUACACUAGAUGUAUUUAAGUACAGAAUAUCAAUGAUGCUCAGAAUGAAAGAUCAUACUUACUGGUAUACAGAGCUUACACUGUAACAAAUGCACAUUAAUAGGACAUGUGAUGCACUUAAUUAGUUUUGAAAACCACGAGACUCUGCUUCGAAAAGGAAGGUGAAAGACACUAGGCAGAUGAGACCAUUUCUUUUCUAAUAACACAGCAAGACACUGCCCCGGUAGCUCUGUAUCCAUGUGAGUGUGUCAGUGUACGAGAUGUGUGUGUAUGAGAGCUUCACACUCUUUGCAGGAGCUGAAGAAGAGCAGGGAGACAACGCUCUGGUAUGGCUAUGUGUGUAGAAACACAGAAUAUUAACACACCUGUUUAAAGUCAUUUACUUAAAUAUGUAAAAACAAUAUGAAGGGAAAAGCACUGGUUAUUGUUCCACAGCUGCACAGCUGAAGGUUUUUGCAUCUCUGAAUAACUGUUCAGACUUCUACUGCCCCCUAUAGACAAUAUAUACAAAUACAAAUAUAUAUAUAUAUAUAUAUACACAAACGCAAGAAUAAAGGGAUUUGUAAUAAAUAUGGUUUAUUUAUAAUAACAAGUUCUCAGAU